AUGUCUACAUUACCAGACACCCUCCGAGCUCUAUUUAAGCUAGAUACAGAGACCAGGCACAGGAAGGAACUUGGGCAGUUGGCUGCUAAUCUGGAGGCUACUACUACAAAGGCAGAGCAAGCUUCUACAGACUUGCAAAAUAUAAAGCAAGGUUCCACAAAAGCACUGGCAAAGCUUAACACCAAACUGGCCAAGAAUACUACGGCUUUAACGGAAAUGGAACAAGAGCUAUCAAAAGCCACGGAAGCUCUUGCCGCCAAGUCCUCCGAGUCCGAAGACAUCUUAAAGACAUUCUCCGAAAUAAAGCAAAGUCAUAGCAACUGUUCCAAGACGAUCAAGUCCUUAGAAAUUGAUUUUCGAGACGCCAAAGCUAUCAACAACGCCAGUCGAACAAGCACCCAUGCGGAAGCUGAUAGAAUGAAGAAAGGAAUCGCAAAAGCUACCGCGGAUCUCGAAGCACGUCUUAACGAAUUAGAAUAUUAUAAUCAGGGACUGGAGAGGAAAUGCCGUAUGUUUGAAGAUAGAUACUCCGAGCAAGUGGUUGCAUCUGCGAAGAAAGAAGAGCAACUCAUUCGAAGCGUGGUGGAGGAACGGCGCUCCCAUGAUCAAGUUUUGGAAUUGCAGCGAGAUCUCGAGAAAGAGGAGAAUAGAUUUUUCGAAUUAGAGUUGAAGUUUCAGAAUCUUUGUCAUAAAUUUGGUGUUGAUAGGAAAUGA